GCUCCGCGCGCCGGCCCUCCCGCGGCAGCCGAGCCCGCCCGCGCGCCGCCCGUGCCCGUGGGAGGCUGGCAUGCAGGAUGGCAGGACAGCCCAGCCACCUGCCCCAUGGAGGGAGCGCCAACAACCUCUGCCACACCCCAGGGCCCGCACACCCUCCCGACACACAGAGGCACCCCAGCACCCUGUCCUUUCGCUGCUCGCUGGCGGACUUCCAGAUCGAGAAGAAGAUAGGCCGCGGGCAGUUCAGCGAGGUGUACAAGGCCACCUGCCUGCUGGACAGGAAGACGGUGGCCCUGAAGAAGGUGCAGAUCUUUGAGAUGAUGGACGCCAAGGCCAGGCAGGACUGCGUCAAGGAGAUCGGCCUGCUGAAACAACUGAACCACCCGAACAUCAUCAAGUACCUGGACUCGUUCAUCGAGGACAACGAGCUGAACAUCGUGCUGGAGCUGGCCGACGCCGGGGACCUCUCGCAGAUGAUCAAGUACUUCAAGAGGCAGAAGCGGCUCAUCCCGGAGCGCACGGUGUGGAAGUACUUCGUGCAGCUCUGCAGCGCCGUGGAGCACAUGCACUCGCGCCGCGUGAUGCACCGGGACAUCAAGCCCGCCAACGUGUUCAUCACGGCCACGGGCGUCGUGAAGCUCGGAGACCUUGGUCUGGGCCGCUUCUUCAGCUCCGAGACCACGGCGGCACACUCCCUAGUGGGGACGCCGUACUACAUGUCGCCGGAGAGGAUCCACGAGAACGGCUACAACUUCAAGUCUGACAUCUGGUCCCUGGGCUGCUUGCUGUACGAGAUGGCCGCUCUGCAGAGCCCCUUCUACGGCGAUAAGAUGAACCUCUUCUCUCUGUGCCAGAAGAUCGAGCAGUGCGACUACCCGCCCCUCCCCGGCGAGCACUACUCGGAGAAGUUACGGGAACUGGUCAGCAUGUGCAUCUAUCCUGACCCGGACCAGAGACCGGACAUCGGCUACGUGCACCAGGUUGCCAAGCAGAUGCAUGUCUGGACGUCCAGCACCUGAACGUGGACAUGCCUGCCUCAUCGAAAGCCAACACCACUUUGCCUUACUUGAGACUUCUCUCCAAGCGGCCCCCGUAGCCUAGAACAGCCAAGACCAGAGUGCAGCAGGUCCCCGGGGCAGCUGCGCGCUGCAGACGCUGGGGCAGGGGCGCCGGUCACCGCACGGCGCCGGUCACGUGGAGUCCUUUCCUUCUUCUGUUGCAGACACUCUUCAGCUGGGUUGGUGACAAGGGCAGGUGGCUGCAGGGACACUGCAGCCCCUUGUCUCUGGGUUGUAAUGUGAAUCUCUAGGAAACUGCCCCAGUGGCCUGUUCAGGUUCACUAGCAGGAGACUGGGGAUGUGUAUAGUUAGCCUCUGCAGAUGGUUACUAGCGAGUUCAGUGUAGUUCUUAGUAGCUUUCCAAUCAAGCUGUGUGUUUAACUUGCUGUUAUAAAGGGGUAGAGUGGAGAUAACUUUGAGUAGAGUAGAAUUUGGCUCCUGUUUUACCUACGUUUUAUACCUUGAACGAUGAGAACCUGGCACCUGGCACAGAGCUUCGCAAGGCAAGUGGCACCCGGAGGCCAGGCACAGUUCCUGGCAGCGCAGUUCAGCCACCUCCUCCCGAACACCUGCCGUGCACCAGGCACGGUCACCCCUUGAAGGCUGGUGCUCGUUCCGUGAUCAGUGUUACGUGUUGUCCUCCGUGGGAAGGCAGCACAGGAUACCAAACAAACAAACCAAACCUAAGGACUUUGCCCUUGGCCUGUCUUGCAAGAUUUGGUUCUGCAACUUCCUAGCGUGACUUUGGGCAAUCUUAGCCUUUCUGAGCCCCAGCUUCCUCAUCUGUAAAAUGGGACUGAUGGUCUCCACACAGCACUGCUGACAGCAUCUGAGGUAAGAUAUGCAUGUUAGCGAACAUAUGUUAGCUGACCCAAAGCCGGUAGCCCUCACUCCUUCCAGAACCACAUAAGUCAAGAAUUAAAGUACAACUGUAUUUUGUGUAGGAAACUGGAAAUAUGUUCACUUAUUUCUUAUUCCCAAAGAGGAUCAACUGUGAAGAUUAAUUUAUAAAUGUGAACUUAAGGAAACCUCAAGCUCUGGAGGGGAUAGUCUGCAUUUUGUUUUUGUACUCAAAUUAAUCCUCAAAGGGCCUGUUCUGUUGUCUCUGACUUGGCAACGGCUCAGCCCUCCAGACGAGGGCCCCACCCUCGGUGUUUUGGUCAGCUGCUUCCUGGCACUCACCUGGCUGCCUGUAGUGACCUCGCUGAUCGGCCUCUCUGGGGACCCCGACUGGGCACUGCUCUGUCCCCGUGUGUGAACACUGCAGGCGUGAGAGGUUGUCUGUCUCCAGCUGCGGCCUUUGCUCUGUACUUGUUCUCCAGGUUUGAAAUAAAACGGGGUGAGAGGA